CCCAUUCUCUCCGGAAAUGGUUUGGUCCAAGGCAAGCGCUGAAGCUCACAAUAGCGUCUUAUGGGCACCAUGGACAACAUAGCUCAUAAACAAGAAAUGGCGUGUGAUGUUCAACUGUAUUAAACGUGGGAACUGAUCAAAACAAAAGGGAAACCCCGACUGAUUGUUAAAAUCGAUUGUUAUUCUUUUGAUAGACUGUAAUUUCGCGUGGUUCUCUGCUGGUUAAGUGAAGGGAACAACAAGUGACGCUUCAGUACGACAGAUGGAUCGUUGCUCCUCAAUGGUUGGGCAUUCGACGAGGACCAUGAAUGAGUUCUGGUGAAUUGUUGAACUAGGGGUAUUGGACCGAGCCCCACAAGAUGCUUAUUCUAUUAACAGCCACCUUACACGCGGAGCUAUUGAUUUGUGGAAAGUGACUCUUGAAGGCGCUUGACACAGGGUGAGCCUUUGUGAAUGGGACACACCCUCUGACUGACCAGUCCGACUCCCUCCCCCUCCCUUUCAAACACACACACACAUACACCCCUACACUGUCACAAUGGCGUCGGAUGACGGGUACUUCCUGGCUCACAAGCUGGCUCUGCCUCCCUGGGAUGGCGGUUCGGAGCGGCUCUUGAGAUGUGAGGACGAGAUCGAGCGGCGCUACGAGAUCGUGCCCUCGGUCGUCUGCUCCAUGUGCUGCUUGUUCGGCAUCAUCUACUGCUUCUUCGGCUACCGCUGCUUCAAGGCGGUGAUGUUCCUGACGGGGCUGAUGUUCGGCUCGGUCAUCAUCUUCAUGCUGUGCUACAAGGAGCGUGUGCUGGACACGCAGCUGAGCGUGGAGGCAUCCGUGGGCAUCGGGCUGGGCAUCGGCACGCUGUGCGGCCUGGUCACCAUGCUGGUGCGCAGCGUGGGGCUCUUCAUGGUGGGACUGCUGCUCGGCCUGCUGGUGGCGCUCGCAUCGCUGGUGGUUCUGGAGGAGUUCUACCAGCCCCGCACCAUGUGGCUGCCCCUGGGCGUGCUGCUGGGCUCGGGGAUGUUGUUCGCCGUGCUCACGCUCCAGUGGCAGCGCUGCUUCGUCACGCUCUCCACCGCCACCUUCGGCGCCGCCGUCAUCACCGUCACCGUCGACUACUUCGUGGAGAUGCUGGCGCUGGUGCGCCACGUGUACGAGCGGGUCAAGCUGGCGCCGCGCCACGUCUGCUGGUUCACCUGGGUCAUCAUGGGCAUCUGGCCCACACUGGCGCUGCUCGGGGUGCUCAUCCAGUGGAAGGUCACCGCCGAGGGCUACUCCCACACCGAAGUGUUCAUUAGCCACCAGCAGCGGCGCGUGCAGCUGAUGAAGAUCCGCCAGAGGGAGGAGAGGAAUGAGUGCAACAAGAAAAAGAAAAAGAAGAAACAGCCGCCGCCGCCACAGCAGCAGCCAAAACACCAGCAUCAGAACCAACACAGCAGCCAAAACCACCAUCAGCAGAAGCCCUCAUCCCAGCAGAACCACCACCAGCAGCAGCAGCAUUCGUAUCCACAGCAACCGCAUCCCAGUCAACAUCAGCAGCAGCACCCCAAGCAGAAGAGGUCCCAGCAUCAGCACCACAGCCAGGGUCAGAGCCAGAGUCACCCGCGCCAGAGUCAGCACCAGCACCAGCACCAGCAGCAGCAUCCCCAGCUGCAGCAGCAGCAGCAUCAGUACCAGCCCCAUCACAGCCACAGCCAGCCCCACACCUCACGCUCACAGAAGUCUGCCCACCACCCCGACCCCACCUACAGACGCAAGCCCAACCCCAUACGCCGCUUUGAUGGAGAUGUGCUCUCGCCGAGCUACAUCCAGAGUUUCCGGGACAGGCAGGGGGACAGGCGGGGAUACUCCCAUGGGCGCAUGGUUGGGGGGUCCCACCACAUCGUGGAUCUGGACUAUGACUACGGCUCCCAGGUCCCCCUGACCUCAGCCGCUGCCAUAGCUGAUGGACCCACCGUACGAGUGUGACCCCCCCCAAACAUGUUUCUGUAAUCCCUAAAAGUGACCUACAAUAACUGCCCGCUCCCCUUCUCCAAAUUUUCCCCAGUGUACCCCUCUGCUACACCCCAACCUGACGUUUGUGCUCAGUUAAAACUCAAAGUGUAGACUUGCUCCUUUUGGAGCACUGGAGGCAGCCAUCAUUGAGACGGUGAAGCCUCACUGCAGGAUGGAGGAUCCUUUACCUAGACAAAAUGGCCGACUGCAGUGGGCUAAAGUAUGCACAGUGUCAAACAAGAUAGCUGAAACCACUGAGACAGAAAAAGAUGUGCACAUCACGCAACAUAACAGCAGUGGAGAGAAAUAAAAAAAAAAUGGCUGACAUCCAUGAACUCAAAUCGGACAAGCUAAAAUGGCUAACAACAACAAACUUACAGUGAACAAGAUCAAACAUGAUUGCUAACACUGACAAUUAACUAUUUACACAUAUACUGUAUCUCAGAAAAGACGGACAUGAACAGUUGAGUCACUUAGCCAACGUGGCUACAAGUAUGCUGUAUGAUGUAGCCAAUGUUAUAUUGUAUGCUGUAUAGUAUGUUGGUUAAGGACAACUGAAGGUUUCAGGGAGUAAUGUUUACAACAAAUGCCUGCAAAAAAACAUGCAGCAGACCGUUUACACACACAAUCAAAUCAAACCACUCCAACACAAACAGACAGCUAGGUUUUUAAUCUCACUGCUUUUAGUAGCCUAUGUACCAUUCCCUUUGGGGUUUUUUGUCAGUUCUGAUUUACCAUGUAAAAUCAGUUUUUUUUUAGUUUUUUUUUUAAUCUAUGUCCCCUCUCCGUCUCUGAUACCAUGUUAAAAAAAAACUUUACUCUGGAACGGUAAUUGUGCCUAGCCUGAGGUGUUCAGUAAUUACUGCACACGUUUUUCUUAAUCUUGGGCUCGUGCUGUUUGACUAAGGAGCACGGAUCAUUUGUGCCCUCUGAAAUCUGGUUCAUCAUUAGCCCCUGGUCACCUCUGCCUCGUUACGCAGGCCAGCACUCUCUCAUUAAGGGAGAGUCCAGCUCUCAAUGUAGGCCAUUUCAGUCAAGAAGCUCACAAAAGCCUAGUGAUUAGCACAGUGAUUGAGACGUGGAGUGGGUUUGACAGACAAAGCCAGGCUGAUGCCGGAUCGAUACGACACCAACAAAAGACCAACUCUAGAUCCUCACCAGAUCAAUACCAGAGACAAUGCCCAGCUCAAAACCAGGAAGAAAGACCAUUACACUGACAUGACCAACAGAUGACCUUUACUAGACAAUACAGGACUAAAAUGACCCCACGUGAGACUAUCACAAGACUCAACAUUUGACAUUUGGACUGGACUUAUUUAAAGAGGACCAACACCAAAAUCCUAGCCUACAGAAAAACAACAAAGGGACCAAUUUAGUAGCAACUCAAGAUAAAAAAGACCAACAAAAAAAGCGGUAAUUUAAUGAACAAUGAUUAAGGACCAUUCCAUAAUGCCAUGCACUGUAUGUUUACCAUGUGAGGACACCUAGGGGCCAGCGAUGGUUCAGAUUGUCGACGACUACAGGACCAGAUCUGGGCCGUAUUAGGGCCGUAUCUCAGCCACAUGUGGCCCGGAUGAGGUCCAGCUCUGGGUCCAGACCUCUACAGAGGUCCUUUGAGGACGCUACAGGAAGGGCAGGGUGGCGUGGCGGCCCAUAUGUUUCGGGCUGGAUUAUGGCAAAAGCCCUGGCUCGCCUCCAGCAAUGGCUCUCCUCUCUGCGGAGUAGUCUUUGUGUGCGCCAUGAGUUCACGCGUUGUUCAAGCAGGCUAAACAGACUCUCGCUGUCUUGUGUGUCGCCGAGGGUGUUUGUGUGAGCCACACUAAAUGUGAACUGACUGCGAAUUGACCUCAGCGAAGGGAGUUCUACUUUCUGGGAUUUCUUUUCUUUCUUUUUUCCAAAGAAAAGCAUUUCUGCCUUUGAAGUUUCUGGUGACGUUCAACGUGUGUGGACUAAUUAAAUUGACUCUCUCCUCUCCCUAAACAAAAUGCAGCUUGAGAAAUAUGUUUGUGUUCUGCCAUUUUGCACUCUUAAUUGAGUGAAAUGACAGUUUCUGGCAUUUUGUGGUUAAGACAGAGGUUUCCCUGGAGAUAAUUCCUGACCAGAGAUUCCCCCCAUUCAGCAUCUCCACGGAGAUGGUUUAGGAUGGUGUGGCAUUUUUAGAACUGCCAUUCCCAUGUGGUGCAGAGUGGGGCCAAGCACCCAACCACACCCCUAACAAAAAGACUGACCAUAGAAGGCUCAGAGAAGAGUACAUGCUGUGUGUGUGUGUGUGUGUGUGUGUGUGUGUGUGUGUGUGUGUGUGUGUGUGUGUGUGUGUGUGUGCGUGCGUGUGUUACACCACAGCACACAAUACAACAGGCUGGGACUCCCCCUUGGUAUACAGACCCAGUAUGGUCUCGCUGUGUGGUUGUUUUGUGGACUUGCAUAAUAUGGACUCUUACAUGAGCUAUGACAGGUGAAGGUGGAGAAUGUCUCCUCUCUUUCUCUGUGUCUCUCUUUAUCUCUCUUCCUCUCAUCUUUCUCUACUCUUCUCCCUUGCUGCCUCUUUCCUCUCUUCUCUUCUCUGCUCUACGUUCCUCUCUGCUCUCCUCUUCCUGUGCUGAUGUUCAUAGAAAGGGCUGAGAGACUGAUCUGUCCCCCUUUCUCAUGUGAACUGGUGUCAGUCUCCUCUCUUCUCUUCUCUCCUUUCUUCUCCUCUUCUCUUCUCUUCUCUGUUGAGUUGUUUUCUUUCCUUUCCCUAUUGCGCUCCUUUUUUGUAUAUUUCUGAAUGUUGCACACUGUUGUACAGUACUGUACUGUCCAUGACUUUUAUGUCUCCUGUUUCUAUUUUUGAUUCAUCAUUGUGAUCAAUUUGUAAUGACAGAGAUGAUCUGUCCCUACUCUUUACCCAUUUUUAGGGUGUAUGUAAAUGUGUUUGUGUGUGUGUGAGGGAGAGAGAAUGAGAGAGAGAGAGAGAUUGUGUGGUGAGUGUGUGUGUGAGAGUGUGUUUGCGCGUGAGUAUGUGUUUGAUUGUGCUACUGUUUUUAUAUGUAUUGUUAAUUUAUUAGUGAAGGUUUCCUGAAUCGCACUUUCCUUGGCAUGGAAUGGCUAAUGACAUGCAGGCUGUCCUCUGCUGCAGGGCUCAACGGUAAGAGUCAGGUUAACAAGAAAGACAAACAAGAGUCUGAGCCUCGACUAUUAUUAUUAUUAUUAUUAU